AUGAUGGACCUUUUUGAGACCAACCCUUAUCUUUUCAAUGAUUUGCGCUAUUUGGAAGAAGGGGAUCAUGGACCACUACAGCACCUGGACAUGGCGGGGGUUUCCCCUCUGUACAACGGCAAUGACAGCCCGCUGUCCCCGGGCCAGGAUAACGUUCCGUCCGAGACCGGGGGGGACAGCAGCGGGGAGGAGCACGUCCUCGCGCCUCCGGGUCUCCGUGCGCACUGCGAGGGCCAGUGCCUCAUGUGGGCCUGCAAGAUCUGCAAGAGGAAGUCCGCGCCCUCGGACAGGCGCAAGGCCGCCACGCUCCGGGAGAGGAGGCGGCUCAAGAAGAUCAACGAGGCCUUCGACGCGCUGAAGAGGAAGACCGUGGCCAACCCCAACCAGAGGCUACCCAAGGUGGAGAUUUUACGCAGCGCCAUCAGCUACAUCGAGCGGUUGCAGGACCUCCUGCAGACGCUGGACGAGCAGGAGAAAACGCAAAGCGGAUCAUCCCACCACUUUAGUGCCAAAGAACACAGUGUGGUCAGUGAUGAGUACCACUGGAAAAAGGCCUCAGAGACGUGGUCGACCUCUGCCGAUCAUUCCACUGCAGCAGUGAUGAACCAGAGAGAAGGAACCAGUGAGUCCUCCGCGUCCUCCAGCCUCCUCCGCCUGUCCUCCAUAGUGAACAGCAUCACCAGUGACGCCAAAGUCGACUUCAGCGAGGACGUCUCAGAAAACUGAAACAUGAGCCGCGACCUUGCCAAACAAUUUCAAGAUUCAAACCUUCCAACGUUCAUCUCUAAAUUAUUUCCACUUUAUUCAGCCAUUCUGCCUUCUGUUUGUCUCUGCAGCCUUCGUUUGUACAG